CCCCCCCCCCCCCCCCCCAUCACGAGGCUCUGCUCCAUCAGAACCCCGUUUCUUCGUUUCAAUCUCCAUCCCGAGACACACACUUCUCUCUUACUCUCUGCCUCACAUUUCUUUCAGUCUCUUUCAGCCAAAAGUCAGCAUCACCAACAUCAUGUCGCGCGGUGGCAAUACCUUGUACGUGACUGGCUUCAGCCACGGCACUCGCGCCCGAGACCUCGCCUACGAAUUCGAACGCUAUGGACACCUUGUCCGAUGCGACAUCCCUGCUCCUCGCUCGGCAUCCAGCAGACUGUUUGCCUUUGUCGAGUACGAGGACCGUCGCGAUGCUGACGAUGCUUACCAUGAGAUGCACAACAAGCGCAUCGGUCGCGACGACAUCCUGAAGAUUGAGUGGGCUCGCACCCCUCCUUCCGCCUCAUGGCGCUUCGACUCUGGUCGCGACCGUGAGCGCGCUCCUCGCCGCUCUUCUCCCCGUCGCGGCCGCUCGCCCUCUCCUCGCCGCAGCACCCGCGACCACUCUCCCAGAAAGGACGACCGCCGGGACCGCGAUCGCGACUACGACCGUGGCGACAGACGCGAUACCCGCGACCGUUCCCGCAGCCCUGACCGACGAAGUGAUCGAGACGCCAAGGAUGACCGCGACGACCGGGAACCCCGUGAGAACGGCACCAAUGGUGACGAUAGAAAGGCACUGGACAGCCCUCCCCCUGCCCAUGACGACCUGGACGUUGCUGCGGAGUGAUAAGUAUACCUGGCAAUUUCUCUUGUCGGGUUGUGCGCGGCUGUGCCAAAAGUUUUUCUGAUUUCUCACCCGGUUCUCCUCUCUUUCUCUCUCACCAUCUGAAUCCUGGAUCUUUUAAAGUGUCCUCACCUUCUGGGAGAUUUUUAGUCUCGAUGCGACCGAUCCGGCUUCUUCGAGCUCAGCACACGACACACCGGGCUGUCCGAUG